CUUUCCUGUGGAACCCUAUGCUGGAAUCCCUAGCUGUCAGUCUGGAGUAAGAGGAGUAAGAUGGAUAGUGGGGAGGCUCCUGCUCAGCGGCCAGUCACCUUGGACAUCACAGUGGAGGAUGUAAACAAGGACACUCCAGCUCCCCUGGAGCCAACCUCCGGUCAGACCCCUUCCAGAGACAACAUCCUACCCCAGGAAGACAGCAUUGACUUAGGCGGGGAGUUUGCCACCCCACAGGAGGACAGCAAUGCCACACCAUCAGAAAGCCUGAUGGACAAGCUCAACGACCAGAUGAUGGAGAGCGUCAUGAUUUCUGACUCACCCAAUAACAGUGAGGAGAAUGAUGUGGCUCCCAUUGACUCUUUUCUGGAUGGAGUGGAGGAGGAGGAGGAGGAUGCAGGAGAGACCUCAGGAGACAAAGAGGAACAAAGUGACACUGCACUAAAUACAACUGAAAUUAAAGUUUCAGUGGAGGAACAGGUGAAAGAUGGUUCUGAAGAGGAAGUAGAAGAGGACACAAAGAAGCAGACAGACACACAAGAGCAAGUCACAACCGAUGCUUCACCCCCAGGUGACACACAGAGUCCAUCUGGUCUUGAAAGUGAGGAACCAGCACCACAGGCAGUCAGAGGGACUAGUCUGAAAGUCGAGCCUGUACCAGUGUGCACCAUAUUCAGCCAUGGAAGCCAGCCAAAGUCUUUGGUUCCUGACGGCUUCCAGCCUACUCUCAUCAAGUCCCCCAGCUUUAGCAUGGGGAGCGGUGGGGUAAGCGAUGAGGCAGUGACCCCCAGCAAGCUGACAGCCCCCCUUGUGUGCCAGCCCAGCCCCAGCCUCAGUAAGUUCUUCACUGACAAUGGACAGGCCAAUCCAGCUUCUGACUUCUUUGAUUCCUUUACUGUCCCCUCCUCCUUCAUCUCCGUUUCAAACCCCAAUGCAGAGAUCACUCCAGGCAGCCCUGCGCCCAUAGCCCCCACCCCUGACUGCCAGCUCUCUUCCACUUCUUCAUCCAUCUCCACCUCCGGGGGGCCUUUGGACUCUAGUACUCUCACCCAUAGCACAGUGUUUUGCCCUGGCCCUACCGACACAACAACCACUAACACCCAACCUCCUCCACCCCAAAUAGUCCCAGCUCCUACUCAAGCUCCCACUACAGCCCCUGCCACUCAGCCGCAGCCCUUCAACCAGCUCCAAGCUGUAUUCUCUGGCAACGACGAUCCGUUUGCGACAGCGUUGAGCCUGAGUGAGGUGGACAGGCGCCAUGAUGCCUGGCUGCCAUCUGAGGAGACCAGGAAGGUGUUGAUCUCUGUGGCCACCCAGCAAUACAGCCCAGCCUACACAGAGACCAACAGACUUACUAUGCCUGGUCUCAAGUUCGACAACCUGCAGGGGGAUGCUGUGAAAGACCUAAUGCUUCGUUUCCUGGGAGAGCAGGCAGCCAUGAAGCGUCAAGUUCUCACUGCCAACUCCGUGGAGCAGUCCUUCACAGGCCUCAAACAGCUCGUCACCAGUAAGAACUGGCGGGCUGCGGUAGAUCUGACGGGCCGGCUGCUGACAGCUCAUGGUCAAGGAUACGGAAAGGCUGGCCAGCCAACCUCCCACACCACCGACUCACUGCAGCUCUGGUUUGUGCGACUGGCUCUUCUCACCAAGCUGAACCUCUUCCAAAACGCUGAGCUGGAGUUUGAACCCUUUGGCAAUCUGGAUCAUCCAGACCUCUACUAUGAGUACUACCCCACUGUUUACCCUGGGAGGAGAGGCUCCAUGGUGCCGUUCUCCAUGCGGCUGCUGCAUGCCGAGCUUCCCCAGUACCUGGCCAAGCCCCAGGAAGCUGUGGACCGCCUGCACAAUCUCAAAACCGUCUGCCUCACUAUUCUGGAGAACUUGGAGAAAGGCUUGGCUGAGGAUGGCAGCAUGAUCACCCUAACACGGGAGAACAGGCAAGCAUCUCUUAAACUGUGGCAGUCUCGCCUCAGCCGGGUCAUGUACUCCAUGGCCAACUGUCUGCUGCUGAUGAAGGACUAUGUUCUGGCCGUGGAGACCUAUCACUCCAUCAUUCAGUAUGAACCUCAGCAGAGAGUGCAGCUGCUCAGUGGUAUAGGACGCAUCUUCUUGCAGAUCGGAGACGUUAAAACAGCAGAGAGGUACUUCCAGGAUGUGGAGGAAGCCUGCCAGAUGAAAGGGAGCCAGUCCAGUCACACCACAUGCAUGCUGAUGAACAGGGCCUUUGUCUACCUCAGUCAGAACAACUACGCUGAAGCACAUGCAUCCUUCACUGAAGUCUUGAAAAUUGACCCAAAAAACCCUGUUGCCAACAACAACGCAGCAGUGUGCCUGCUAUACCUGGGCCGUCUGAAGGAGUCCCUGGGCCAGCUGGAGGGUCUGGUGCAGCAGGACCCCGCGCUCUACCUCCACGAGAGCGUCCUUUUCAAUUUGACCACCAUGUAUGAGCUGGAGUCGUCUCGCAGCACCCAAAAGAAGCAGGCUCUGCUGGAGGCCGUGGCCUGUCGGGAGGGGGACAGCUUCAACACGCAGUGCCUGAAACUAGUCUAAGAGGCAGGAGGUUGGACUGAGAGAGGACACACACUACUGCAUUCUCCUCCAUUAUGACAGGAAGUAAACCCCCACCGCACCCACCUUUAAAGCUUGCUAAUUCACAAUUUCUAAAUUAGUUUUAAAUGAGUUAGUUUAAUCUGUACUAAAGCACACGUGUGAAACGUUGCGGUUUUACAGGGGGGUGUACUGGACUAUCUCUUGUCCAGGCCAAGUGAUUUCCCAAGCAACAAGCAGAGACUCAUUGAAGUCACUUGACCCGGACAAGAAAUGGAAGACCGAGGGGCCGCUAUGACCUGCAAGGUGACAGUCAUACAGGGAGUUACUGUUAACAAGAUAAUCAUCGCUACCUAAUCUGCUAGCAUGCUGAGGAGACUGUGUGAGCCCUUGUCAUAAUGUUAUCUUUUAGACCAUACUGGAUGUGGGUCUGAUGAUGUUUUAUGUAUUUUAUGUCACAAUGGAUGUAUUACAAUAGGACUUAACAUUUAAAAAACAUAUUUCACUAUUUCCUUAUCAUUAUCUGGUAAGAACUGGUGAGUCAUUCGCUGGUUGACACACACAUGAAAGAAUUCGAGAGCAAAUAGUUUGAUAAUAGCACUGUAACACAGAACGAUUUUUUAAAAUCUUAUUAACCAGAGGUUAUGUUGCCAUGAUUGUUCAUGAAGGGUAUAUAUUUUGACAAGAGGUUGUUUUGCUACAAGUCUUAGUCUUUCUUCUCUGAUUUCUGACCUCUCACAUUUGAAAACUUUGGACUGAUUACAUUGGAAUCAGUGAUAAGGUUCUGCUUUGUCAAAACUAAAUACAAUGGAAAGAAUAAAGAAAAUAUGGGAGGUUCAUCAACAAACUUUACCGUAUUUCUCCCUGUGCUUCACUAAUUGUUCAGGGACAGUUGUAUUAAGCGCUUCUUCACUGAUUGGCUUUUUAUAAGCUACAGAAAACUGGCCCACUGGCACCUUAGGCUGUCUGCAACAGUCCGGUGACCCUACCUUGCAGGUCAUGGCAUGUGGCAGGCCCUGAACAAUGUCCCACCAAGUAAUGGUCCAGCACUUGACACGGGCAUUAUCCUGAGUUUCAGUGUGCUUUAAGACUAAUAAAUGUCCACAGAGGUCCUUUCAGCGCUCCUUCGUCAUCAGACACCUGAAAUACUGGAUUAACAGUCAAAGACCACUCAGUUUCAGUUUUCUCUAGGUUCAUUAACUCAUGCAGUGAAAAUGAAUAAGUCCGUCAGAUUGCAUUGUAUCCUUUCUUCUAAACAAAAAAAAUCAUGUAAAAUAUUCAGAAUCCAAAAUUGUACACAGAAUAGGUAGAUUUUUGUUUAAAUUAUUAUAUAAAAAUUAUUAUCUUGUUAAAUCUUUUAUUGAUUUGUCCUGGUUGAUCUUUAAUUAUCACUGUUUACAUGUUGUGUUGAUCAUGUUUGUGUAAAGGCAUCUGGAAUAAAAAGAGGCCUAAAUAAUGGUGGAAUAAAACUGUUCUUUUAAAUCAA